CCGAGGUGCGCUGUGCGAGGCUGCGAGGCACGCCGCGGCCUGCACCAUGCGCCGCCGAGAGGGCAGGGCAUGGUGUGCGCCCGGCCCCGAGGCCAAGCCUGUGCUCUUUCUGCUGCCCUUCCUGGGCGCCCUCGUCGUGGGGCACGUCUUGGACAACGGCCCGACGCACGCCGCGACGCGCACCGCGACGCACGCCGCGGCCACCCACGCCCACCACGCCGUCAACACCUCCCCCGCCUUGCCACCGCUUGGCAUGAGGAUUGUCAACGGCGACUCCGUGGACAUAGUGGACUACCCGUUUCAAGCAUCCAUCGAGAUGAGGGGCCACCACAUCUGCGGCGCGGCCAUCAUCGCCAAGAACUGGGUCGUGUCGGCAAAGCACUGCUUCUCCGCGCCCGGGGCCGCGGACGCCAGCGCGUACCGCGUGCGCGUGGGGUCCACGCAGCGACAGUACGGCGGCAGCCUGCACCCCGUGGACCGCAUCGUGAUGUACCCCUCGGACGCCAUCGUGGACUACGACGUGGCCGUGCUGCACGUGGCCGCCCCCUUCACGUACGGCCAGACUGUGAGCAGCAUCGAGCUCGCCGCGCCGAGCGACGCCGUGCCGCCGGCCAAGCGCAAGGUGCAGGUCACUGGGUACGGCGCCAUCGCCGAGGCCCCGAACUCCAGACUGUCGCCGCGCUUGCUAAAGGCGGACCUCACCACUGUCGAGCAUAAGGACUGCAGGGAUUUCUUCAAGGAGCGCGUGCCCAUCACCGUGCGCAUGAUCUGUGCUAGCAGCAACCGGCAAGACGCGUGCCAGGGCGAUAGUGGAGGACCACUCAGCGAGAAUUUAUCUGGCUCUUGGAAAUUAGUAGGAAUUGUGUCAUUUGGGUUGGGCUGUGGACGGAAAGGCCACCCAGGAAUCUACGCAAAUAUUGCAAACCAUGAUAUCCGGAAUUUCAUCAAAAGUGUCACAAAUGUUUAGGGUGCAGCAGUAAGAAGAAAAAUACACAAAAUUGGAUCUGUU